GGCGGGCCCGCCCAGCUGUCAGUUACGGGGGCCGCCCGGCGGGCGGGCAGGAGGCGCUCGCAGGCUGUCUAGUCGUUUGCUCGCUCUCUCUCGCGUGCUCCCUCUCGCCGCCUGUGGGGAAGUCGGGGCCGCCCGAGCGGCCGCCGCCACCGCCUCGCCCCGACCUCCUUCCAGGUCCCCUCCCGGCCCAGUCCCUCCCGCCCGCGCACCCCGAGUAGUCAGUGGUCCCGCGCAGGGUUUGGAGAGUCACCGAGGCGGCGCCGGGUGGUGGUUAAACCAUGUUAAGGAGGAUUUUACAGAGGACUCCUGGGAGAGUUGGCUCUCAAGGUUCUGAUUUAGAUUCAUCAGCAACUCCUAUAAACACAGUGGAUGUCAAUAAUGAAAGCUCUUCAGAGGGUUUCAUAUGUCCCCAGUGUAUGAAAUCUCUUGGAUCUGCUGAUGAACUUUUCAAACAUUAUGAAGCUGUUCAUGAUGCUGGUAAUGACUCAGGUCAUGGAGGAGAGUCUAAUCUUGCUUUGAAGCGAGAUGAUGUAACACUGCUCAGACAAGAGGUCCAAGACCUACAGGCUUCACUUAAGGAAGAAAAAUGGUACUCGGAAGAAUUAAAGAAGGAAUUAGAAAAAUAUCAAGGGCUACAGCAGCAAGAGGCUAAACCUGAUGGGUUGGUGACUGAUUCAUCAGCAGAACUACAGUCUUUGGAACAGCAAUUAGAAGAAGCCCAAACAGAAAAUUUUAAUAUUAAGCAAAUGAAAGACUUAUUUGAACAGAAAGCAGCCCAACUUGCUACUGAAAUUGCAGAUAUAAAGUCAAAGUAUGAUGAAGAAAGAAGUCUCCGAGAAGCUGCUGAACAAAAAGUGACACAUCUGACAGAAGAAUUAAACAAAGAGGCAACUGUAAUUCAAGAUCUGAAGACGGAACUGCUUCAGAGACCUGGUAUAGAAGAUGUUGCUGUGCUAAAGAAGGAACUGGUGCAAGUUCAAACACUAAUGGAUAAUAUGACCUUAGAACGUGAGCGAGAAUCUGAAAAACUCAAAGACGAAUGCAAAAAAUUACAGUCACAAUAUGCUAGCUCAGAGGCCACAAUAAGCCAGCUAAGGAGUGAACUUGCCAAAGGCCCCCAGGAAGUUGCUGUAUAUGUACAGGAACUACAAAAACUGAAAAGUUCAGUUAAUGAAUUAACACAAAAGAAUCAGACCUUGACAGAAAACUUGCUGAAAAAAGAACAAGACUAUACUAAGUUAGAGGAGAAACAUAAUGAAGAAUCUGUGAGUAAAAAGAAUAUUCAGGCAACCCUUCAUCAAAAAGACCUUGAUUGUCAGCAGCUUCAGUCAAGAUUGUCUGCAUCUGAAACCUCACUGCAUAGAAUACAUGCAGAACUAAGUGAAAAAGGAGAAGCUACUCAAAAGCUCAAAGAAGAAUUAUCUGAGGUAGAGACCAAGUACCAGCAUCUAAAGGCGGAGUUUAAGCAGCUACAACAACAGAGAGAAGAAAAGGAGCAGCAUGGGUUACAACUCCAAAGUGAAAUUAAUCAAUUACAUAGCAAACUUCUGGAGACAGAGCGCCAACUAGGGGAAGCUCAUGGUAGGCUGAAGGAACAGAGACAGCUUUCAAGUGAAAAGUUGAUGGAUAAAGAACAACAAGUGGCUGAUUUACAACUCAAACUUUCUCGGUUAGAAGAGCAGUUGAAGGAAAAAGUUACAAAUUCUACAGAAUUGCAGCAUCAAUUAGAUAAAACAAAGCAACAGCAUCAAGAACAACAGGCUCUUCAGCAAAGCACCACAGCAAAACUUCGAGAAGCUCAGAAUGAUUUGGAACAAGUUCUACGUCAAAUUGGCGAUAAGGACCAAAAGAUCCAGAACCUUGAAGCUUUAUUACAGAAGAGUAAAGAAAAUAUUUCAUUACUAGAAAAGGAAAGAGAAGAUCUUUAUGCAAAAAUUCAGGCUGGUGAAGGAGAGACUGCUGUUCUUAACCAGUUACAAGAAAAAAACCAUACACUGCAGGAGCAAGUAACUCAACUAACAGAGAAGCUGAAGAAUCAGUCAGAAAGCCAUAAACAAGCCCAGGAGAAUUUGCACGACCAGGUACAAGAGCAGAAGGCACAUCUUAGAGCUGCACAAGACCGUGUUCUUUCUCUAGAAACCAGUGUCAAUGAAUUAAAUAGUCAAUUAAAUGAAAGCAAGGAGAAGGUCUCCCAGCUUGACAUACAGAUUAAAGCCAAAACCGAACUGUUGCUAUCAGCAGAAGCAGCAAAAACUGCCCAAAGAGCUGAUCUUCAGAAUCAUUUGGACACAGCUCAAAAUGCAUUACAAGAUAAACAGCAGGAGUUAAAUAAGAUUACUACUCAGUUGGAUCAGGUCACUGCAAAGUUACAAGACAAGCAAGAACAUUGCAGUCAGCUGGAAAGUCAUCUUAAAGAAUAUAAAGAGAAACACCUCUCUUUAGAACAGAAAACUGAAGAGCUAGAAGGUCAAAUUAAGAAACUAGAAGCUGAUAGUCUCGAAGUUAAAGCAAGCAAGGAGCAGGCUUUGCAAGAUCUACAACAGCAAAGACAGCUGAACACAGAUUUAGAGCUUAGAGCCACAGAAUUGAGUAAACAACUUGAAAUGGAGAAAGAAAUAGUAUCCAGUACAAGAUUGGAUCUACAGAAAAAAUCUGAAGCCCUUGAAAAUAUCAAGCAAAAGCUUACCAAGCAAGAGGAAGAAAAAAAAGUCCUGAAACAAGAAUUUGAAACUUUAAGUCAAGAAGCAAAGAUUCAGCACGAGGAAUUGAAUAACAGAAUUCAAACAACAGUAACAGAACUACAAAAAGUGAAAAUGGAGAAAGAAGCUUUAAUGACAGAGCUUUCUACAGUAAAGGAGAAACUAUCAAAAGUUUCUGAUUCUUUGAAACACUCCAAAAGUGAAUUUGAAAAGGAGAAUCAGAAAGGAAAAGCCGCUAUAUUAGACUUGGAGAAAACUUGCAAAGAAUUAAACCAUCAACUUCAAGUGCAGAUGGAGGACACACUUAGGGAACAGAAGGAACUGAAAAAGUCACUUGAAAAAGAGAAGGAGGCUUCUCAUCAGUUGAAAUUGGAACUCAAUUCAAUGCAGGAACAACUUAUACAGGCCCAGAAUACUUUAAAACAAAAGGAAAAAGAAGAGCAACAACUUCAGGAGAACAUAAAUGAGCUAAAGCAAUCAAGUGAACAAAAGAAAAAACAAAUUGAAGCACUCCAAGGAGAGCUUAAAAUUGCUGUUUUACAGAAGACAGAGCUUGAGAAUAAACUACAGCAGCAGUUAACACAGGCAGCCCAGGAACUUGCAGCAGAGAAAGAGAAAAUAUCAGUAUUACAAAACAACUAUGAAAAAAGUCAGGAAACUUUCAAACAGCUUCAGUCUGAUUUCUAUGGGAAGGAAUCUGAACUUCUAGCCACCAGGCAAGAUCUUAAGUCCAUAGAAGAGAAGCUUUCUCUAGCACAGGAGGACUUGAUUUCAAACAGAAAUCAAAUUGGAAAUCAAAAUAAAUUGAUUCAAGAACUGAAGACUGCCAAGGCUACAUUGGAGCAGGAUUCAGCAAAGAAAGAACAGCAAUUGCAGGAGCGAUGUAAAGCACUACAAGACAUUCAGAAAGAAAAGUCACUGAAAGAAAAAGAACUAGUAAAUGAAAAGUCUAAAUUGGCAGAGAUAGAAGAAAUUAAAUGUAGACAAGAAAAAGAAAUCACUAAACUAAAUGAAGAACUCAAGUCCCACAAACAAGAAAGCAUAAAGGAGAUAACAGAUCUUAAGGAUGCUAAACAGCUUCUAAUUCAGCAGAAAUUAGAACUUCAAGGAAAAGCAGACUCCCUGAAGGCAGCUGUUGAGCAGGAGAAGAGAAAUCAGCAGAUACUAAAAGACCAGGUGAAAAAGGAAGAAGAGGAACUGAAGAAAGAAUUUAUUGAGAAAGAAGCUAAGUUGCAUUCUGAAAUAAAAGAAAAGGAAGUAGGAAUGAAGAAGCAUGAAGAAAAUGAGGCUAAACUUACCAUGCAGAUUACAGCAUUAAAUGAAAACUUAGGCACUGUGAAGAAGGAGUGGCAAUCUAGUCAACGGAGAGUUAGUGAGCUCGAGAAACAAACGGAUGACUUACGGGGUGAAAUUGCAGUAUUAGAAGCAACGGUUCAGAAUAAUCAAGAUGAAAGGAGAGCACUACUGGAAAGAUGUCUUAAAGGAGAAGGUGAAAUAGAAAAGCUUCAAACCAAAGUAUUAGAAUUGCAAAGAAAGUUGGAUAAUACAACUGCAGCAGUGCAGGAGCUGGGCAGAGAAAACCAAUCACUUCAGAUCAAACAUACACAAGCGUUGAAUAGAAAGUGGGCCGAAGACAAUGAAGUACAAAACUGUAUGGCCUGUGGGAAAGGCUUUUCAGUAACAGUGAGACGGCAUCACUGCCGACAGUGUGGAAAUAUCUUCUGUGCUGAAUGUUCAGCCAAAAAUGCCUUAACUCCUUCCUCCAAGAAGCCUGUUCGUGUGUGUGAUGCAUGUUUCAAUGACUUGCAAGGAUAAUGGGUUAUCGGUUAUCACAACUUCAGAGUAAUAUUACACUAACAUUAGAUUUUUAAUAAAUGUACUUAAUAGAGGUCUUGGACUACUAUUUGGUUUGGACAUUGGUUGCAAUACUAGACCAAAUAGGAAUUAGUAUAUUUUGGAAUGUUAUGGAUAUCAAGUAAAACUCUUCUAUUUUUGUGAGACUUGGCCUUAUCAUCUUUCAUUACUUUUUUCCCAUUUAGCCCCUGGAAUAGCUUUCAUGCCAAGUUUAGAAUUAGCCAAUGAAAUGUAAAUAAACUUUGGACAGAAAAUAGCAAUGUAUUUUUUUAAUAUAAUUUCAUUAUUCACAAAUGAAGAAUGCAAUUCCAUAGCUUACUUCUUUCUCCUAAAUUUAAUGUACAAAAAUGUACAUGGAUGAUAUUAUCACUUGUUGCUGUUUUUGUUGCACAAUAGCACAUUAAUUAUAUUAAAUAUUCUCUUUGUGAAGUUAUGCACAGAACUGUAACAUUUCCUCUACCUUUUUCUCUUAUAUGUAGGUUCAUAGCUCAGUUGCAUUGUUAUGUUAUGAAUUUACUACUUGGGUGUUCUCAAUACAGUUUAUCUUAAAAUAUGUAGUAACCAUGAAUUCAAAAAUGGUUUUUGUUUUAACAAUAUUAAUUAAAUUUUCUUGGGUGGAUUUUAUAAAAACCUGUGUAAAAUCAAUUUGCUUACUUAUGGUUAUCUGGGGUUGUAUUUCAAAGAAUAGGGUUAAUUUUUCUUUUUGUCUUUUUCUGUCUCUUUCUUAAACUCCCACAUAUUGUCCAUUUAGAAUCUUAGAAAGCUUCUUACCCUAGCCCUCAGUUGGAGGAUGAAUAAUAAACAUUAUAUAAUGUUCUUAUUCUCAGUUUCUUGUAAGUGGGAAGUCUUUUGAGAUCAGCCUGCAUAUCAUACCCUUAUUUUGUCUCUCUAGCAUCUUCAGGAACCUGAGUUUGCUUUUUACAUAGAUCUGAUUUCUUCCUUUAUUUGGUUUAACCUUUUCAAGCAUAGGUCAGCUUCAUGUAUUUGUUUUAUAAUUUUGCAUCUUAAAGCUAGUAACUAAUAUUGCUGUGGUCUUAUUGGUGAAAACAAAAUAUAAAAUGGUAAGAAGACAUUAAAUAUUUUACUUUCUAUUCUUAUUCCCUAUUGGGAAGAAUUUUUAAAAGUUGUAAAAUUGACUUAAAAUGGUUCUGAAUUUGGUGUUCCAUAUCAACUGUUCCCAGUUUUACUGUUGUGAAAUUCCCUUUAAGUAACUAACACCUAGAAAUAGAGUGUCACCAAAAACAAAUAUAUUUAGGAAUCCCAGAGUUACAAUAAAAACUAAAACAACAUGGCUAAGCACCAUAAGGAUAAUUAAGAAUUAGCUUAUUUGUAUUCUGAACAGUGGUAUCGAACUUUAAUUUAGCAUAGUCUUAUUAAUUUGGAAAAUUGUAAAACAUCUCAAGAGAGAAGUUAUUAAUAUUGGUUUAUUAAUCUUUCUAGAGAAGAAAUGUAGUUAUACAUUCAUUCAGUGCAAUCAUUUUAUAACAGUAGUUAAUAUUUCAUUUAUACUAGUUUAUAGUAUACAUUUGCUUUCAAAUAUUCUGAAAUGAAAUUAUAUUUAUGCUAUACCUACAAUGUAUGUAAACUGAAAGAGAUCACUACGUAUUUGUUUAAUUAUUUAAAAAAAUUUUUAAGUAAACCCUGUUGUCAUUAGCUAUUAAGAACAUCGAUUAAGUUCCUGGACUUGGAUAAACAUAUAUCCUUGAGCAUAUAUAAUGAAGAAAUACCGUGGCUCUUUAUUAAAAAUAAUAGUUGGAUAAUAUAAACUGAACUAUUUAUGUAGUUUUAUAUACUUAUAAAUCCUUCCAAAUAGUUUUAAUUCUAUAAUUUUACAUAUAAAUAACUUAAUAAGUGUGCUGGAAAAACACAGAUGUUCACAGCACCACUUUUUUUUUUUUUUUGAGAUAAUAAAAUUCCAUGAGAAAUCUGGGUUUGAAUAUUUGUUCACUUUGUCUCCUAAUUGGACACCCUCCAGGCCUUCUGUCUGUCUCCCCUUUACCCCCAACAUAUUCACAAAAAAAUUGUAAGACAAGUAACCAUAUAUAGGUGUUUGAAUGAUUUUCUCAUUUUUAUCUAACUAAUUUCAUUUCAUAAGUCCCAAGUAAUUUACCUACCAUAGACUACUAUACUGAUAAUAUAAAUGAAACCCAACAUUUUUUGCUAUGAACUCUCCCCAGUUUAAUGUGUUUUGAAAACAAAAAUUUUAAUUUUUUUCCUUUUAAUUAAAAAGUCAUCUUUGAAGUCCUUAUUGGCUGUACAUUUUACAUGUUUGCUGGUACUAUUAUUUUGUCAGUGAGUUAGAGCUGGCAUGUACUGCUCUUGGCUUUAAUGAAAAGCACAUUGGCAUAAUGUUAGUAAAUUCCAAACCCCGGCACAGAAUGUGAGUUAAAAUUAAGUCUUGCUGGGUUAGUGUACAAUAAACUAUACCUACAGACUUUUUUUUAAUAGAAGACAAAGCUGCUGGUAUAUGAUUUGUUCCUUUGAAGAAAAAAUGAGGGAAACAAACACAAAAACCUCAAUGCAGUGUAUAAAUAACAUUUUGUUCAACUACCUCUUAAUGUGGAAUUAUCUACUUUAAUAGUUUCCUGACAGUAAUGUUAAAUAGUAACUGCCAAAUUUGUUAUUUUCCCAUCUCUCUUAAAAAGUCUUUAUGAUUAUUUUAUAUAGUUUUGAGAACUUUAAAGCCACUUUUUUUUAACCUUACAUUUGCAUAAAAAUGUUUAGCUUUUAAGUAGAGAGCAAAUUAUGAUUUUAUAUUUUGAUAUUCAUGACCUGUUUGACUAUAGGAGUUUUUUUUUAAAAAAAUGCACUUUGGCUGUAAAACCAUGGAUGAUUUGAUCCAUAAAAUUUAAAUGUGCCACCAUUAUAGUAUUCCUAGACAUGAGCUUGAUGAAUGGUAUUCUGUAAUUAUCAUGUGCCACACAUUAUCAUGUCUUAAUUGCCCUUAGCCCAAAUUUUAAUGAUCAAUUUGUUAUUGUUGCAGAUGUGAAUAUUGUGCAUAAACUUACUAAAUUGAUGUAAAAUUGUAUAAAAUAGAAUUAGAAGUCACUAAGUUCUUUCUGUGUAGAAGUAAUAAAUUUAUUGUAACACAAUGCAGUUGUGUAUAUGACAUUCUGUAAUUCCUUGAACUGGAUCAUAUAUUCAUAACUUCUGUAGAUACUUUUGCAUGAACAUUUUCUUAUUUAGUUUUUGGGUUCAUUAUUUGUACUGUGUUUACUACUUGUGAUCAUGUAGUUGUGCCUUAUUUUGUGAGAAAGGUUAGCUCAGUAAAUACUGCAAUUUCUAAACUCAGUGAUUGGGAGGUUAUUAAUUAUAAAUGUAACUGAUAAAGUACACGACAGCAUUUAAAUCUGUAUAAAGAACAAUGGAAGGAUCCUUAUUGAAUUGUUGCUUUUGGUUUUUUUUAAUAUGUUUAAAUAUUAUAUUAAAAAACAUUUCUUUCUAAACUAGUUGUAUUCUGUGACUAUAAAUUGUUUUGUCUAACAAAAGAGAGAACACUAUAUUAACCAUUUUGCAUUAAUUUAUUUACAGAAUAUUAGGACUUUGCACUUGGAUAUAGACAGUGGUGUUUUAAUGUUGUUCAAUUUAGAAUAGUAAUUAAAUUCCUGAUCUCGAGAAAUUAAUGCCAUUUUGUUUUAGACAUUCCAUUUAAUAUUGUAGAGAAUUAACAAAACUAAAAACAAAAAUAAAAAAUAUGUAAUUAAUCCC